GGGCUCCAUGAGGGACCAGGCAGUCUCUGGAACACUUUACCCAGACUAUGGACUUGAUAAUCCGCGUUGCUGUCCGGGCGGCGGGGGGUAGGCUGGGAGCCUCUAACUCUCCUCUCCUCUCCGCUUCAUGUCCCCUUCUCCCUCUGUGAAGGCAGCGGAGGAACUUCGGAGCAGCGCGGCCAGCCGGGAGUCUCAGUUUGCCGGGGUGUGUUUGAGGAAGGCAGGGGGGGAGAUGCGGAGUAGACCACUGCUGGUGACCUGAAGUUCCCUCCCUUCCUGGCUGCUUCUGUCAGGACCUAGCGCAAUUCCCCAGUUCUCCAAUGCCGGAAAACCAAGUAAAACCAGUCCGAAGCCGCAGCGGGAGCUGGGAGCCGACGCAGCGGGCAGGAUGCGGACUUUUUGCCCGGUCUGAGCUCAGCAGUCUGCGGAGAGACGAGCUGUCAGGCUGGAUGUGCAGUAGCACAAGACUUUCUGCUUUUCUUAAGGUUUCUGGAUCCAAAUGUCAAGUCAGAGGAACCAGCAGUGUGUGACGUGAAAGGGAAAGGGAAAGCCAGGAAGAGGACAUCCAAUGAUAACCCUCCAGCGUGUCGUACAUGGCUCUGUCAGUGCCGAGUGCUGUGAAGAGAGCUCUACCCAAUGGUAGAAGAGAGGAGAGAGUGAAAAUGUGAUAAACUUCUCCCAGCUCAAUUAUGGACAGUGGCUGGUGAAGGAAUCAUAUUGCUUAAUGAGACCAUUGCUCUUGUGUUGGGAAUUUUAGGACAAUGAAUUACCAAGGGAUUACUCAAGACCUUCUUCAGCACCAGGCUGGACAUGAUGGUGUUAUUAAGCCAACAGCCGAAAUCUAAUGACUGCUUUGUUGGAUUUUUCAAAUCGUAAUUUCUUACUAUUUUUCCUCUGAUUUGGUGUUGUCUGUAUUUUUUCUUAUCUGUUUGAAAUGGAGAUACAGUUGCGUUUAUGGAAUAAGGACUGGGUCUCCUUUAUAAGGCCAUGGAUACCUAUACUGUUAGGCCUUCACCUCCAGUUCUCCCGGGCCUCAAACUGUCCCGAGGAGUGCCGCUGUGAUCGCACCUUUGUUUACUGCAACGAGCGGAGCCUGACCUCAGUGCCUCUGGGAAUCGGUGAGGGUUAUAAGACCCUCUACCUCCACAACAACCAAAUCAAUAAUGCUGGGUUUCCGUUGGAGCUCCAUCAUGUGGCUUCAGUGGAAACUGUGUAUCUCUAUGGCAACCAGCUGGAUGAGUUCCCCAUUAACCUGCCCAAAAAUGUAAGGGUUCUCCAUCUGCAAGAGAACAACAUUCAGACCAUCUCCAGAGUGGCUCUAGCUCAGCUUCUUUGGCUGGAAGAGCUGCAUUUGGAUGAUAACUCCAUUUCUACUGUAGGGGUGGAGGAAGGGGCCUUCCGUGAGGCAGUGAGCCUGAAGAUGCUUUUCCUCACCAAAAACCACCUGAGCAGUGUGCCUAUUGGUCUUCCAGAUGAUCUAAAAGAGUUGCGAUUGGACGAGAACCGGAUCGCAGUUAUCGCAGAGGAAGCGUUUAGGAAUGUCACGCGCCUGCAGCGCCUCCUGUUGGAUGGGAACCUGUUGACAGAUGAAGGGAUUGCACCAGGGACCUUUCAGGACCUGGUCACCCUGAGGGAGCUGUCCUUGGCCCGCAACUCACUUACAUACCCUCCCCCAUUCCUCCCAGGAGAGGUGCUUGUCAAAUUAAACUUUCAGGAAAAUCAGAUAGACCAGAUCCCUGUCAGGGCAUUCGCGGGGUUGCACAAGCUGGAGAGGCUGGAUAUUUCUAACAACCAGCUGCAGUCGUUGACACAGGGGGUCUUUGAUGGCCUCGUCAGUCUCAGACAGCUCACUGUUCGGAAUAACCUUUGGCUGUGUGACUGCAGCAUCAAAUGGGUGGUGUCAUGGCUUAAAUCUCUGCCGGCCUCGCUCAAUGUGCGCGGCUUCAUGUGCCAUAAACCAGAGAAGUUCCGGGGCAUGGUGAUCAGGGAGCUGAGUGCUGAGUUGGUCCAGUGCCCACAGAGCACAGCGACGGCGCUCCUUCUCACCUCACCAGUUGACACUGCUCUGAUCCCAUCCUUAUCAUCUUCUACAGACUCCCCCCUGGUCACUCAGUAUGUUCCCUCCUCCUCCAGGCGACCCUUCCCCACAUUGCCCACCCUGUAUUCAACCAGAGAGGGGGGGUUGAGGACUAAGCAACCUCUGGACACCCGGAGGGAGACUUUGCAGGUCACAUUUUCCAUACUGAAUGGCUCCGCUAUCCAUGUCAGAUGGGUGGCCGCCUUUCCAGUCACUGCCUACAAGGUGACCUGGGCUAGGAUGGGCCCCAGUCUGACAGGGGACACCGUCAGGGAGAGGAUAGUGGGUGGGGAUCACCGGGGGAUCAGACUGGCUAAUCUUGAGCCAAAGUCCACCUAUCGGAUCUGUGUCAUUCCCUUGGAUGCAUUCAAUAAUUACCGGCCCAAAGAUGAUACUGUGUGCACCGAGGCCAUGACCAUGCCGGCAUCUUUCAGCCCUGACAACAACAAAAGACCGUCGGGGCCUGAGCAGGCAACGCAACAGGAACCCAGCUCACCUUUCUUGCUGGCUGGGCUGAUUGGUGGGGCUGUGAUCCUGGUGCUGGUGGUCCUCCUCAGCAUCUUCUGCUGGCACAUGCAUAAGAAGAGCCGCUCCAAGUCCUCCACCAAGUGGAAAUACAAUCGGGGUCGGAGAAAAGACAACUACUGUGAGGCAGGCACCAAGAAAGAUAACUCUAUCCUGGAAAUGACUGAGACCAGCUUCCAGAUAGUCUCACUCAACAACGAACAGCUCCUCAAGGGAGAUUUCCACAUUCAGCCUAUUUACACCCCUAAUGGGGGCAUUGGAUUCCGAGACUGCCCCCUGGGGAACAACAGCACAGUCUACUGCAAGAACAAUGUUCAGGAUGCAGACUUUUGUCACACAUGAUGAUUUUGGAGGGCAUUUUUACUGACAACCGCCCACACUUUACUGGACACUGUACAGUGUUAAUAUUAUUUGAAACCCCCACAUCUUCAAGAAAUGUAAUUUAUACAACUAACUGGACGAUAUCUUUUAUAUAACGUUGGAUUUAUAAGUUAUUGCUUUCUGGAGUUGUGCUGUUUGAGUUCCAUGCACACAGACAUGUACAAUCAGGAUUCAUUUAUUAUCUAAGUAUUAAGGGGUUUUGAUUUUCAGUAAUAGUAAAUUUUGAAGUCAUUGUAUACUGUAACCAUAACAGAUACAGAAUUAACACUGUAGCUGUAGUGCAUUCUAAGAGUCCUGAAUCCAGCUGGUAGAAUUCUGUAUGAGAGGAGGAAAAACAGGCACAAAUCUUCCACACUCACCACUAGAUGGCAUCAUUUUCUGGAAACGAUAGUCCACCACACUUUUCCUGUGGCUGUUCUAAAUCAAGUCAUCACAAUAAUAUCGCACAUUUCUUUAAUUGCCACUACAGUAAAUAUUCUUAUUCAAAUCAAACUUUUCUCAGCUUGAAAAGAAAAUGUAAAGGUCAUACUCAUUAAACAUUCACAGAAAGUGGCAGGCUGCAGUGCUUUCACCUGUUUUUCAAGAUUAAUACAUUAUUAAAGUUAAGGGGUCAUGUUAUUAGUGCUAGCUGUGUUUUAUGGUGGGUGUCACACAGUGAGCAGCCAAAAAGCACAUCUGCCGUCUACUGUAUGUUUAACCCACUGAGAACCGACUCUUUCCCUUUUGUUCAGCAAAAAUAAUGUUAUGGUAAAACAGUAUAUGUAUGUGCCUUGAAGUUAUCAGCUUACAAUGUCUUUUGAAUCCAUGUUUUUGCACAAACGGUGUACUGUAUAUACAUUCAAUUGAAUUGUUGUUGAGGAAACCUCUUGCUCUUGAAUAUUUAUUUACCUCAUUACACAUUUAAUUAAAUACAUAUCUCCAAAA